CCGGGAAGUCCGGGUCCGCCCCGCCCCGCUCAGGCCCGCCCCCGACCCGGGGUCCCGAGCCCCCGGAAUCCGCGAGCGGCGCUGCGCGCGCCGGCCGGUCUCCCACUCCUCUCCCCCGCUGCUCGGGGCAGGCGGCCGCUUCUCCCCCCGCGGAGAUGUCCGGCGGCGGCCGGAGGAGGGCCGGCUCCUCCUGGCCCAGCUUCUCCCGGUUCUUCGCUCUUCGUAGCACUUCCCGGGACGAAGAGGAGGAGAAGCCGGCGGCGACCCAGCCCCAGGCUGGAGGCGCUCCCAGUCCUGAAAAUGGGCCUGUCACUAUAAGUCAGAAAACAGAAAAUACAUCUUCAACAGAGCCAGUAAAGAUUUCCCGAAGUGAGGACAGUAGGAGCCAUUCUGAGAAAUCAGCUAAUCUUUCACCAGAAGACGACUCAAAACAGCCAGACAGCUUUCCCGGUUUACCCUCAGAUGCUAAGACUGUAGACAGUGAUAAACAGCCAAAAGAAGGCUUUUUCCAGUUCCUUGGUAACUUAUUUAAUAUCUCAGCAAAAUCCCCCCAGCAACCAACCCUCAAAAGAGAACAUGACAAAACUGAAAAGGAUUCACACAAUCUCCUUGUUCUUCAUGAAGAAGAGUUUAAAAAGGAAAGUGACAUAUGCAGCAGCUUGCCUCUGGAAAAACCAAGUCCAGCAACUGAAGAAAAAGACCUGCCAACUUCAAUUGAUCUGUCAGAUGCUAUUUCAGAAGAUAUAACACAAGAUAGUGAACAAGAAAGCAAUGAAUUCCUAAAAAAAAUAGAAGGUGAACCUGAGAUAUCUUCAAUUACCUAUUCAACUUACCGGGGUCCCAGACAGAUUUUGAAAAUUUUGAAGAAACAGACCAAAUUAGAGACUUCCACUUCUGUACAAAUAACAGAUGAAACUUCUGAUUCUAGUGCAAGUACUCAAACUGGAACUGGAAGUGAAUCUGAGGCUUUCAUCUCUCCAGAUUCACCAAUCAAGAACAACGCAGAUCUACUCAAAGACCCUUUAAAAGAUGCUGUUUUAAAUAACAGUAAUUAUAAGGAAUCUAUAUUAAAUAGGCCGUCAUCAUCAACUGAAACGAUCUCUAGUCCUAUAGUGGAAUCCUGUUAUAAUCAUCCUUUAAAUUGUGUACCAGUUUACAGAACAGACAAUGAUAUGUUAGGAUCAGUGUUAUUCGAGAAUGAUACCAAAGACCCUAGAAAUCCUGCUUUUCAGGGGAUAGUGAAUCCAAAAACCACUUUAGAAAACAACUUUUUCAAGAAUGAUAAAGCAUCAGAGCAAAGAGGAGAACAUUUUCAACCCCCAAGCAUCGUUCUUUCUGACCUGAAUGUGGGUUUAACUAAUAAAGAAUCAGAGACAGUCAAACAUGAAAAUUUGCCAAGUCCAAGUAAAACAACUUUACAUGAUGAAUUGGGACUGCUGGAGAGCAAAUGUUCACUAUCUUAUCACUUUGGCAACAUUGUUCAUCAUCGUCAAGCUGAAACAGAUACAGAACAUAUGAAUGAAGAAAACAAAUCAGUUAUUCAAGACUCACAAAUAAAUAUGCAAGUUAAAGAAAACACAAAGGAAAAAGAAAUCUCCUCAGGUAGGGCACUCUUAUCUUCAGCUAACAUAUUACAUGCAAAAAAUGAAGUGGUUGGAUCUUUACUGAAAGACACCGAUUAUAGUCUUGCAACAAAAAACAAGAGCUUUGAUUUUGGGCCAUCAGAUAAAGUGUCUCAAGGCAUUAUAAUAAUUCAGAAUGACCAUCCCUCUAUAAAGUUUGUUAAUGAGUCAGAAAAGGUAGAUUGUAUACAAAAUAGCAUAACACCUGAACUGAAACUUGAAGUAGUUAAUAGAAACCACAUUUCAGUCCCUUCCUUUGAAUCUGAGAAUCUUGAACUGGCCAAAGUCUUACCUGGGUCUUCAGAUGUUAACAAUGAAAAAACAUCUCCAAUUCUUGAAAGUGAAAAGGCUGAUUUUUAUGAUUCAGCUUCUACCUUUGACUUUGAAGGUGACAGCUUCAGAAAGUGGGAAGCUCCCGUUUUAAAAAAUAGGAGUCCUUCUAUAGAGCAUGAACGAGACAGAAUUGUUCAUUCCACAACUCUAAAGGAGAUUAAUCUAGUGCUUCCUGAUAUGGGUUCUGAAGAGAUUUACGAAGCUGAGAUUUUUCCAUCUGAGUCUAAGUUUAAAGAUAAGCACCUGAAGGUAACAUCACAAAGUUAUUGUAGGUCCCAAAAUGAAACCCCAGUUGUUCUUGAGAGUGGUGUGGCAGAGGAUUUGCUUCAUGGCCAUGACAGUAAAGUCAUAGGGUCAGUGACAUAUGAUGAAAACAAAAUUUCUCUUGGUCCUCAUGAACCUAGAGACACUGACGCCACUAAAAUUUUUGGCAAAUCUGGAAUACGGCUCAGCUCCUCCGAUAUAUUACCUAAAUCCCAAGAUGAUGGCACCUUACAGUUUCUGGGUUCUGAUAUCAGUAUGGCAAAAAUCACUUCUAAAUUAAAAGCCAAAAGUUCUCUUGAGGUUUCCGCUAUGCUGAGAGCAGAAGAAACAGCCUCAUUUCAGAGACAUUACGAAAAAAAUAAUUUAUUAGGUGACAGUUCCACCAGUAAGCCUGAAGAAGCUAACAUGUUAAUUAACUCAUCUAAACCCAAAGAUAAUUUUGAAAUUUCGAAAGUUACUACAGAACUCACACAUGAAGAUAAUCCCUUAGUUGUGAUGCUGUCCACUAAUAGCUGCCUUUGGGAAUUUGAAAAAGCUAAUCAGACAGUAGCAGAAAUGACCUUGUGUCAUAAACAUGGCAAAGAUGUGCCUAAGAUUCAUAUAGGAAAGGGAGGUCCUAAUUAUCUAACUGCUGCUGUGCUGAAAAAUGCCAUGGAAGCUGAUGCUCAAACAGUUGGUAGUACCACAGUGUCAGUUAACAGCUCAAGCCAACAGUGUUCUGAAGCAUCAGCUGAGGACACAGGGAUAAGGAAAAGAGCACAUGACACACCUCUGGUCUCCAACAGUGAUUUGGUUAAAACAGCUGAGAAGUUGGUUGAUAUAAUUUUGGACUCUGUCAGGCAAGAACUAAAAUCCACACAUAUAGGCAUUAACUACAAGGAUUGUAAUGCAGUUACCCUGAAAGAAGAGUCCACUGGAAAAAAAACAUCAGAAGAAAAAGAAAAGACAUUGAUUCAGCUACCAGACCAUUUGGAUGAGUGCAGUGUUGAAGAUGUGUCAGAAGACAAAAGAGAAGAAAAGGCCUGUGAUUUAACUACUGUUGGUGAGAGGAAUCUCCUUAUUGAUACCAAUAGAAUGGAUGUGUCCAAUUUAUUAAUAAUCAAAGCAAGGGAAUUGGUCAGUGAGGUUAUUCAUGGUGCCCAACAAAAACUGAUAGAUGGCCGUUACAGAAAAACUAAGCCCAGGAACCAUAACAGAAGUACUGUUAUGGCCAAUGCCACAAAGAUUCUGAACAAUGAUAUCGUUAAACCACAUUAUAUUGCUAAAGGGUUCUUGGCUUCUGAACAGCCAGAAUCCCAAAGCAUAACUAAACUUAGUAAAAAUAAAGAAUCAGAAAGUCUUUUGGCUAAAAUUAAUUUAAACAAUGACACAGAUUCAACUAAAGGAAGAGAAAUAGUGCCUUACCAAAAAACUUUAUAUGCUGGAAAUGGAUUUGAACAAUCUGAUAAUGUAGAGUUGCCAAAUUCAGAUGUUUUAAUAUCAGAGAAUAUAUCCCUUAAAGAUUUAGAUGAUAAAGGUAUGCCAUUAACCUGUAACAAAGAAGAAAGUGAAGCGCAAAAAGCACCAUCCCAAACAGAGAGUGUGGGUAGCCACAAAACCCAGACAGAAGAUACUGGAACACUUGUUUUAAAUUUCGAGUGGCCCCCUUUCAUGAAUGAUGAAGUAUAUACUCAUUUACCUAGUACAUCCAAAAGCAGUUUUUCUGAUAGUCUUGUAUGUAUUAAUGAAAAAUGCCUACCAGGACACAGUAAUAAAUCACUGCCUAUUGCUGUGUUAGAGAUGGGGAAAGUAUACAGAAAAGAUGCUGAAUUUAAUAUAGGCAAAAUUGAGAUGGCACCACCUAUGCUAGAAAUGGGAAAAGUAUACAAGAAAAGUACUGAAUUAAAUGUAGGAAAAAAUGAGCUGAUGCCCUCAAUGUUAAAAACGGGGAAAAUGUGCAAAAUGCAUGCUCAAUUAAAUGCAGGAGAAAAUGAGCUGAUGCCCUCAGUGUUAGAAGUGGGGAAAUCAUAUGGAAGAAGUGAGUUAAAUAUUACAAAACUACAAGGUACACCUGACAAUUUCAAAAUGGGAAAACCAUUUAAAAGGAACACUGAUGAAAUGACACCUGUCAUGAUAGAACUGGAAAAGGCAUUUGAAAAGGAUGUUGAAGGGAAUGUUGGAAAAACUACAAUGACAUCUGCCAAGUUAAAAACGGAAAAAACAUGCAAAGAUGAUAUUCAGUUGAAUGUUACACAAGCUGAUACAGCAAAACCCACUAUCUUAGAAAUAGCAAAAAUGAAUCAAAAGACAGCUGAAUGGAAUAUUGAGGAAAGUAAAGCGAUACCUGCCAUGUUUGAAGUGGAAAAGGUAUACCAGAUGGAUACUGAAGAGAAUUUUGGAAAAACUGAAAUGAGACCUAUAGAAACAAAGAAAAGUGUGGUGCUAUGUGACAACAAAGCUAUGUCACAGUUUGAGGGAUAUGAAUUACCUAUGUUGAAUAAAGAUUGUGAAGGAAACAUUGACCUUAUGACACCAGAUUUUUUACCUGAAGAUUCCAAACUAAGGACAGAAAAGAAUCUAUGUAUGACUGCAAUGUGUGGAAAAGAAAGAGGUCUAGAUUAUGACAUUGCAAAUGAACAAUCACGUUUAGCUUUUAUGCCGCAAGAUGAGCAAGGUAACUCUUCUUUCACCAUUUUGUAUGAAGAACCCCUUCAAGAUGAGGGUCGGUAUUUAUCUGCCAAAGAAGGGGGAACACAUUCCCUGGUGUUUCCUGAAGAGUCCACCAAUGGGCUUCCGCACGUUCUGGUAUGUGAAAGGUCUGAAAGUAGAACUGACCUUGUUCAUCACUUUGAGAAGGAAAGUAAAUCCGGUGAGAUAUUUGAUACUGACAAUUCUGAAAUGUUCUUAUCAGUAGAGGCAAAAAGAUACAAAGUCUAUCCCUUAGCCUUAUCUCCUAUUUAUGAAGAUGACAGCUCUCAGGAAGAUAUCCUAUCUGGUGAAGUCUCACCAGGUCACCGUGGAUCUAGUGCAAAAUCAAGAGAUGGUGCUAGUCAACCCUCCUCUGUGUUGUCUCUUCUCCAAUCAGUAUCAGAGCGUUUAAGGAUGAAUUUUGAUGAUGCAGAAAAGCUUGAGACAGAGGAAGUAGUGGAUGAGGAUGAGGAGGGACCACAACAUAAAGAGAUUAUUCUGAAAACUGGAAAGAAAGAGCAUGUUACUUAUCAACUUCCAGAUUGUUCAACUACAGUUUAUCAAGGAGAGGACCAAGAAGGAACUAGAUCUUCCAAAAUGCCACUUUUUCUUUCAAAUGAACCCACUACCUCUAAUCAGCAAACUGUCCUGUGGCAAGACAGGUCCUUACUUUACCACACACCAGGUCCUUUUCUUCAAAAGUCUGACCUCAGUUCUAAAUUACAUUCAUCUUUCAAGAGUGUCUAUAAUCAGUAUUUGCAAACUACUAAAACCUUAUCGCCUGAGAAAGGACACAAGUUUGGAGGUAAUCUUCAGGAACCAGUCCCCAAAUUAAGUACUUGUCCAGAGAAUCCCAUUGAUAAGCAAAGCCUGAGAAGUAACCCCAGACCUGGAAAGAUGGUCAUCUAUGACCUUCAUGGAAGCAAAUAUAAACAAGAGAUUUACAAUAACAUUCUUGAUGCUACAUCCUGGACCUUUCCAAAUGGAGCAUUCAUCAGAGUUGUAAGAGGAUGCUGGAUUUUAUAUGAAAAACCACAUUUCCAAGGUCGCAAAAGUGUUUUAGAAGAAGGAGAAAAAGUGCUCAAUCGUGACUGGAUCUUUCGGAGUAAAAAGCACCAAACGAGAAAUUUUGUGAUUGGCUCUAUCAAGAGAGUAUUAAAGGACUGCAGUGUUCCAGAAAUAGAACUUUGCCCACAGUCUGAUGCAGCAUGUUGCCCUAUCUAUUUACAAAGAUCAGUUGGCAAUUUAGAAGAACUUAAUUUACCAAGAUCAGUGUCAUUUUCUGUGAAGGCAGGAGUUUGGCUUGCCUUCCCAGAUGUUAAUUUUAAGGGACAAGUGACAGUUUUGGAAGAAGGCCAUGGACUCUUUGAGAUUUCAGCAUCUGAAAUGAAAUCACUGCAUCCACUUCAAAUGGGUGGAUUGAAGGUGGAAAUGCCUAUGAAUUUAAGGGUGAUUAUAUAUGAUAAAACACAUUUCCUUGGGCAGGCCAAGGAGUUUAAUGAACAUGUAGACUCUGUCCCAGAGCUUUUCCGAAAUGAGAAUUUCUUUGGAAUUGCAUCAAUUCGUGUCAUUGGUGGAGUGUGGGUUGCCUAUGAAAAAGAACAUUUUAAAGGCCAACAGUAUCUGCUAGAAGAGGGAGAAUAUGAAGACAUCAGUACUUGGGAGACAUUGAAUAGCACUUUAAUGUCUUUCCGGUACUUACAGGCAAAUUUUAUAGAAUCUUCAGUCACAUUAUUUGAGUCUGAUGUAGAAAACUCAAAGUUUGUUAAUAUCAUUAAUCGAGAUGUUCCUGAUUUGAAAGAAGUCGGGUUUGGUAAUGAAACAAGAUCUAUUCAUGUUAAAAGUGGAGUUUGGGUUGGCUACCGACAGCGGUUCUUCUGUGGAGAACAGUAUAUACUAGAGAAAGGGAAAUAUAAGAGUUUUUUUGACUGGGGAGGAUCCAACAACCAGCUCAUGUCAAUAAGGCCUGUUAGACUGGAACCUCUUGGGAUAAAUGAGCCUCCAUAUUUGCUCAAAGCAUAUGAUCAAUCAAAUUUCCAAGGAAAUUGUGUAGAUUUCACAGACCAUAUUUCUGAUAUGACAAACUUCAUACCACAUUCAUUUAAGGUUCUUCGGGGAUGCUGGCUCAUGCAUUGCCAAGAGGAUGUCACAAGUAACCAGUGUAUAUUAGAAGAAGGCCUCUAUGCUGACCUUACUUCCUGUGGCUGCUCUCCAGCUACAGUCAAAUCCCUCAAGCCUAUUGAAUAUGUUUUUGAAGAACCCUUCAUCAGUCUCUUUGCUUUGGAACACUGUGAAGGAAGAGAACUCCAUUUAGGAGAUGCGAUCAACUCAAUUCUCAAUAAGGAUCUCUACUUCUACACACAAUCAGUGUGGGUAAAAAGUGGAUUUUGGAUUGCUUAUGAAGGAUCUAAUUUCCUGGGAAGACAAAUUUUGCUGGAGCCUAGUGAGAUUUCAAACUGGUCAGCGUUCAGUGGUUGGAAAACAAUUGGUUCUCUCCGCCCCAUCAAACAGCCUUCGGUAUACAUCAGAAUAAAGAACCGAGCCCAAGGUGAAUAUCUAACAGUCACUGGAAAUCUAACUGAUUUGAGGUCAAUGUCAGUAUGUAUUUCUCCUUAUAAUGGAAAAAAUACCCAAAUGUGGUACUACUGUCGAGGACUCUUUAAAUCCAAGGCAAAUGAUACAUGUCUUGAUGUUAUUGGUGGAAAAGAUGUACCUGGAGCUAAAGUAGCUGUAUGGAAUGAACAUGGGAAGCUUAGGCAAAAGUGGAAGAUGAACAAAAACGGAACCAUCAGUUCUUACCUUAAUGACCAGCUUGUCCUUGACAUUAAAGGAGGAAGUUAUUGUGAUAAGACCCAUAUAAUAAUAAACCAGCCUAUAGAGGGGGAACCUACACAGCAAUGGGACAUUGAAAUAUUGUGAAUAAAAUCACCAUCAUCAUCAAGAGGAGUUAAGGAAGGUGGAACUGUCCCUCAUUGUCUUAAGCAUGUGAAAAAGGAAGCUACUGAAGUCACAGGCCACUUGAACAUAAGCAGAUAAUGAACUUGUUUUCAUGUUUCUUUAAUCUGUUUUAUGGAUUAUGGAUUUUAUGGAUUCCUAAACCAUUGCGUUUUAACCAUGGACAGGCUGGGUGAAGUUAAAACAUUUUUGCCACUUCCUACAUAAACUUAUAGAAGCUUUCUAUCACUAAGAUGACAGAUUACUUGGAUUCUUGUGAUAUGCCCUCUUCUUUUUGAGCUCAUCUUUCCUUUUUGUGAUAUUUCUUGAUGGGGAUGCUGGUUGGGGGCACAGUGUAUACUGUGCAUCACUCUAGACUGUUUUUUCCCUAGAAAGCUAUCCAACACAAAUAAGCAAAAAGUCCUUCAGCCUUUGGCUAGCCAGGCUCAAAUUUGUGUUGUUGCCAAAGGUUAGUGUUCUCAAAGAGUUGUCAUUCCACUUAUGCUAUUAAUAACUACCACAGGGUAACUACAUAGAUGACACAGUAUAUGAUUGUGUGUGUGCAUGCACACAUGCAAGUGUGUGUGUUUGUGUAUAUUUCUGUAUCAUGGGGAACUAUACAGGUCAAGCUAGCUAAUACCUUUGUCAGAAUCAGAGCAAUAAGGAAGAACUGAGGAGCUUUCAGGUUAUCUGAAAAGCGGUUUAAUCCAUCUUCUAAAGCAUUACCUUUUUUGAUACCUGAAGCACUAUGUUACACAAAGCGACUAGCUGGGAGUGACUAAAAGAGAAACCCUCAACUCUUCCAGGAUUAAAAGCACAACUCUGUAUGUGAUAGUUCCUGUUGCUCAACAGCAUGAUGCUAUUCCUUUUAAAGGAUGGGUACCUUCUAUUUUUGAAAAAGCACAGAUGACAAGAAUGAAGGCCUUUGAAUAGAAAAGACAAUGUAAUUUAAGUAUUAUGAAAAAAAGGCAGUAUGGAUCUAACUCCUAUUUACUGAUCCCAGAUGCAUUAAAUUCAGACUCAGGUUUGUUUUGAAGUUACUUUUCUUUCUACUUUACAUAAUACAUACAAUAUUUGAGAACUCUCUCCCAAAAAGAAAAGCCAAAUUAUUAUUCUGUCUAGUUGAAAUGGUACAAAGCUGAAAUUAAAGCAAAGUUGUGUUUUAGGCCUGGACCAUAACCAGUUUUUUUUUUUUCUAAAAUAUAGGUUGAGCAGAUUUCUUUAAAUUACAGCCUCCUUGGGUCCCCUCUACCCCUCAUUCUUUUAUAAAACAUUUUAAGUAGCCAAACAGGCAAUCAGCACAAUCAGGUAGGAAAUAAUAAUCUUUGAUAUAUUUCAGGUAAUUAAUUCCACUUUUUCACUGUCCUAGUAAAUAAUUUAUUCUGGGCUGGAUUUAAAAAUGCAUUGAAACACCCCAAAUUUCUUGCCAGAAAGCAUAUGAAAACACCUCUAUUUUUAUAUACUCAGAUGAAAACUAUUUCAUCUAUCAGCCUCCUUGCACUUUAGAAUGUAAAUUAGCAGUAAAUAAGUCAAAUUCAGACGUAGAUUUGCUAUUCUGAAUUUUUUAUAGUAACCUGAUCUUUCAAUGUAAAUAUUUAAGCGUUACUAUUUGUUUGGUAUUUAAAACUUAAAGAGGCAGCAGGUUUUUUUUUCCUUUUGUCAUCUUGGCUCCUUUCAAGAAGCAUUUGUAAAAAAUCCAAUGGACCCAUUGAUGUGAAUGCAUCUCAUUGCUAUGCCAGUGUUAUUUAAUGGAACUUUAUGUAACAGUAGAAACUGAAGGCUUUAAAAUUUUCAGUGGAAGCUUUCCUUGUGUACACAUACAAGAAACCUGUAUAUUUUUACUGUAAAAACGAGAUUCUUUUUAAAAAAUUUCUUCUAAAUUGUUUUAAGGAAUUUCUUUCUAGAGCAACAAGUUUGGAUGGUCUUUAAAAAGUUACUAUAUCCAAAGAACAAGGCCAGGUACCACAUUUAAAUUGAAAAAGAAAUCAGAGUUGUGCUUUUUUUUUUUUUUUUACAACACUGGAUUAAAUAAAAUAAAUUUGUCAUAUACACAGAUGUGAUUUCUUCACUUUUUAAAUGCCCCUUUCUGAAAAUAAAAGUGGCCAGAUAACUUAAUACAUAUUCAUACAAGUACUGUUUUAAAGGGGCUAGAUCUGGCCACCUGAAUCUUAUAUUUAGCAAAGCUGGGGCAGCUCCCAUUGGCUAAUAUAGCCUUACUUUAACUAAGAUGCCCAUUUUAUUCCUAUUCAGAAUACUUUGAAAACUGAUCUUGGGAGUAGUUUAAAAUGAACCAUCCUAAAUGGACCUUUUUCCUAAAACAGGAUGAAGAUUUGGCUGGAAGAUAAGGCAGAAAGUAAGACAAUUUUCCCUGUGGCCUAAGCAAAGAUAGCAAAUGAUUCUUUAUUAAGUAAGUGAAAAAAUUGUUUUACCCUUUUAUAGGAAGUGCUGACUUGACAAAGGCACUAGAUUACUUCCAUUAGGCAUUCAGUCCAGAGUGCUAACACCAAGUUUUCUUUCUCUUCAUCUGUAUUAAGUUUCAGUUCCUUAACAGAAAUAAUUUCAGAACUCCAAAGUUGUUUCAGGGCAUCCUUAUGAGAUAAAGGGAAGCGAAGUCCAAGAGCCUAAAAGGGGGAAAAAAAAACCCACUUAGUUCAACAUUUCCCAAACUAUAUCCCACAAAACCUUGAUAGUCUAUGAGGAAAUUUCAGUGCUACAGUGAGAUAUCUAGGAGAGUCCUAUAUCCUAUGUCCAUUAGAGAAAGAUAUGACGACUCUGAGUGACAGAUACUGAUUGUCCCUGCUGGAAACCAUGAAAAUAGAGACAAAAAAUGAGAUACACACAAAUAAAAAUAAUAAGUAUGACAGAUAAAGGGCAUUAAAUGUUUCUCUCAUUACUUACUAAGUAUAAUACUAUGUCUACUAUACUGAUUGUCAAAAUUGCCAAUGACUACCAUGACCAAAUAUAACAAAUUCUCAUUCCU